GCAGCAGUAUAUCAGCAAGUGCAGCCGGAGCGCAGAGGGACAAUCACGCCAUCAUCUGAGGGAGAGCUACACUGUCCGUGCGGAUACUUUCGGAUCUGUGACAUUCUCUUCAGGCUUCGGAGUCCUAUUACAAGCGGCUACAUUUCAAAUUCAAGGCGCAGAAAAGAGUCACCAGUCCAAGAUGAGUGUGAACAUGAAUGACUUCAAUGACAUUUUGGAUGUCCUGGGUGAUCUUAACUUCUCAACUCUGGAUGAUAACGUGUCCCACAUUGUAGGGGAGGUGUGUCACAGCAUCUUCAGCCAGAGAGCCUUGCUCUACGCCCUUUCUAUUCUCUACAUCUUCCUCUUCAUCAUCGGCCUGGCUGCCAAUGCUCUAGUGGUGUGGGUGAACGUGCGAUCUGAGAGGAACCGUUACGAGACUCACUUGUAUAUCCUAAACCUGGCCAUCGCUGACCUCUGUGUGGUUGCCACUCUUCCGGUCUCCAUCAGUUCUCUGCUUCAGCUCGGCCAUUGGCCCUUUGGAGAUGCCAUGUGCAAAAUCACACACCUGAUCUUCAGCGUCAACCUCUUCAGCAGUAUCUUCUUUCUCACCUGCAUGAGUGUGGAUCGCUACCUGUGUGUGACACUUUUUGGAGACGGCCCCAGCCAGAAGAAGAGAAGAACCAGACAGCUGAUCUGUGUUGGCGUCUGGCUGCUGGCCCUGUUCGCUGCCCUGCCUGAAACCUACUUUCUUCAGGCGGUGAAGUCCAGCCAUUCAGACAGCACCGUAUGUAAGCCAGUGUACCCCAUGGACAGAAUGAAGGAGUUGACGGUGGGCAUCCAGAUGAGCUUUUUUAUGUUAGGCUUUGCCAUUCCCUUCCCUGUCAUCGCUGUCUUCUACAUCCUUCUGGCCGGUACCAUUCAACCAGCUGCUGACCAGGAACGGCGAAUCAGCCGACGCCUCAUCUUCACCUACAUUGUGGUGUUCAUAGUGUGUUGGCUGCCGUACCAUGGAGCCCUGCUUCUUGAUACUUUAGCCUUGCUCAACAUUCUGCCGUUCAACUGCACACUGGAGAAUGUCCUCCAUUUUUCACUGCAUCUCACCCAAUGGUUGUCCCUUCUUCACUGCUGUGUUAACCCCAUCAUCUACAACUUCAUCAACAAGAAUUACCGCUAUGACCUCAUGAAAGCCUUCAUAUUCAAGUACUCAACAAAAACUGGACUUGCAAGGCUUAUCGAUGCAUCCCAUGUGUCUGAGACAGAAUACUCCGCUGUGGAGAGCCAGGGCCCAUUAUGAAAAUUCCAGAAUGUUGUUGACUAACACCAAACCUUAAUAAAAGAGACAAACUGGAAACCGUCAUGGACGGAAUAAACUCUUGCUCUAUAGAGCAAUGAAGAAUUAGAAAUUUUGUAAAAUAGUGGAACAGAACUUUAUAUACACACAGUUUGUGCUCCUUUAUAAGCUGGAAUGUUUAUGCCUUUUGUAUAUUUGUAUGACCAUUAUAGAUGUUUUGAGAAAGCACUUGUACUGAUUUGAUUUGUAAGGGAGUUAGCUUUGUUGUAACCGUAUCUAGGGGUAUGUGUCAGUGAAAUCGGUGGAAAAGGGCUUCUCGUGUCCAAAAGCCACAAGGAGCCACAGACUCAAAACCCUCUCUCCACUUAUUUGUGGUUUUCCUCCAUCAGCCAGCAAGACUCCAGCAUGCUUAGACUAAAGGUCACAGUUUCAUACACAUUUCGUCUAUGACUGUUGCGAAAGGAAGCGAAAUAUCGAAAACCCAAACAUUAUAAAGUGAAGGGAAACCGGUCCAAAUCAAGAUUAGAUUUAGCUGUUGUAAAUGGAUGUAAUGCUGUAUGCUAUGCUUGUUAUUUUUGGAUAAGUUGUGCAUUUUAGCAACCAUGCUAGCUGCAUUUGUACAUGAUUUGUAAAUAAUAUCAUAUUUAUAUACUCAUCAGUCUUUAUGAUCAGCAUUUUGAUGUAUUUUUGACAAUAUGCUAUUGAAAUAAAAGAUGUAUAAAUCUUGUAA